CUAUGAACUCCAUGUUAACCAAUAGCCAGAAUGCUGCAGAAAUGCAUGGCAAUGACAUCAAUCUGACUGAGUGUGAAGACUAUGAAGUCAAGGCAGUCAGAUGUACUUCCAGCAGACCAGCUGUCUGAGUGUGAAGACUAUGAAUUUGAGGCAGUCAGAUGUACUUCAACAGACCAGCUGUCUGAGUGUGAAGACUAUGAAGUCGAGGAAACCACCGAACUUGAGCGUCCAUGGAGAACUAUCACCUGGGAAUCUGAGAAGAAGAAGGAGCUGAUGGAGACUAUUAAGACGUACAAACCCACAGUCAGCUCUGUGUCCCAGGCUCGGGUUCUGCUCAUUGGACCAGUUGGAGCUGGAAAGUCCAGCUUCUUUAAUUCUAUCAACUAUAUCUAUAUAUCUAUAUAUCUAACUAUAUCACUGACGCCUGCCAAAGGUCUCCAUCGUGCCCACAAAGCUGGAGGAGAAGCUGAAUGCUAUCCGCAGAAAGGUCAACUUAAUGGGGAUUCCUCAGCUGGUCCUGGUCACUAAAGUAGAUGAAGCCUGCCCUUUGGUGACAGAGGACGUGAGGAACAUUUACAAGAGUGGCUACAUAAAGGAAAUUAUGCAGGAGGUCAGCGCCCGGCUCGGUGUGCCCCUAUCCUGUGUUGUUCCGGUGAAGAACUACAGCGAGGAUUUGGAGUUGGACCCGAACUGUGACAUCCUGCUGCUCAGCGCCAUCAUCCAGAUGCUUCGCUUCGCAGAUAAUUACUUUGAUGAGAUCAGUGACCAAUUCAGCAACAUUGAAGUCAAAGAAUAGGAAGUAUUAGUGCAGCAGAUGUUUAUAUCCUGUCCAACUGGAAUGAAAUGUCUCUCAAAAUGAUCUAUCCAUGCAUCCAUCCAUUUACCGGCAGGUGAUCCUGCCUAAUGCUAGUUCACUGUGCACUUCCUCCUCUGAGUUUUCCAAGCACCCCUUGGAAUGAUGGGAGAUGUAGUGCCUCUAGUAUUUCCUGGAACUGUGCAGCACCUCCAGUUUGUGGCUCCAGAAACUCAGUGAGCUGAUCCUUAAUUUGAUUGUCUCUUAGCUGCACAAUAUCCAUUUUCUUUCUCAUUUGGUUUUAAAUAAUUUAUAUUUGAAAAUUAUUAUUACAUAAUAAAGGGUGAUUUGAAUUUUUUUCAUUAGAGGUCUAAAGAAAUGACGUUGUUAUUAUUAUAUUAUAUAUUGUUACAUUGUUGGCUCAUUUAGUGGGACAUUUCAUUACAAGUUAACAAGUUUGACAAGCCAACACAUCAGAUUAUUUCAAUGACAUUCAGAAUAUGUGGAUUGAAACUGACGUCAUCAAGACACUGGUGCCAGCAUGUGUUUUCGAUGUAAAUAAUUCUUCUGAAUGUUGCUGCAAGAAGUUGGAUGCAAUCCUAAUGAAUUAAUCAUUAACAACUUGGUAAAUGCAUAUACAGGCCAAAAUAAUACUGGUAACUGUGUUCAGAACCAUUAGACUAAUGAAGAAAUGUAUUCACUGUUUCAUUGUGAAAGACCAGCAGUGAACUGAACAGAACUGCCUGGCCUGUUAAGUUCACUACAUUCUCCCAGUCUCCCACGAUGAAACCGUGAAUAUAUUGCAUUCAGCAGCGUGUUAAUUCUCUCUUUAUUAAUAAGGAUUGCUGAUACUAGAUUUCGUUCUGACUCCCACUUCUUGCAGCAACAUCCGUAUGGAUAAAUCACAUUGAAAACGCAAGAUGGGGUCAGUGCCUUGAUGACAUCAGAUUUUAUUCUAUAUAUUCAAUAUGUCUUCUAUUUUUUCACUGUCUUUCUAUAUAUUCAAACUUUCACUGUAUAUAUUCCUACUUUCAUUCCGUAUUUUUAGUUUUGGUGUUACGUUAUAUGUUGUUUCAGCACUCCUUGCAAGUUUUGACUGCUGCAGUAGGUGCACACACUGUGCUGUUCAAUGCAAAUUCAAUGCAAUGCAAAAUCAACAGUUCAAAUAGUCAGUCAUGGAUAAUUGAAAUAGACCACUUGGGUUUAAUUCAGUUUCAGUUAUACACUCUGGGUUUUGGUGUUUUGACAUACCUUACAUGUAUUUACACAAAUUAAGUUGCAUCCAAGUUUAUAAAUUACAAAUUUUGUCACAGAAAUACAUUUUAUUUUGUAUGUUGUAUACUGUUGCUCAGUGAGUCCAUACAAUGGGUAGGCAAUAUAAUUUGCACUGCACAUACCUUUCAAUUGGACUUGUUUUUAUAAUUUUUCAGUUGGGGUUUUCUAACUUACUUAUUAGUAUUUGAUGUUUUUUGUCAGGAAAUAACUUCCUAGUUUCUCAGAUGUUUGCAUUGGCAAAAAAAGUAAUUAAUCACGUUUAUUGUUACGUUGCAUGCUAUGUAUUAAGUUUGUUCUUUGUUAACACACUCGGUGACAAUAAAAGCUCUUGCUGACCAGA